AUGGGGGACCGCUCACAACGUCAAUCCUCGUGGUUGAGAGAUUCAACGAAAACGGUGCCAUGGUUUCUGCUGGCUGCGCAAUCCGUGGCUUUUGUGCUGCUGUCGCACUACUCUCGGAUCAUGCCGCCCGCGGGUGGAAAACGAUGCCUGACCUCGACUGCUGUCUUCAUGAGUGAAGUCGUCAAACUCGCCAUUACCCUAACGAUGGCCCUCUACGAUGUUUCAAAGAACGCACCCCCUUCGAUGCCUGCUACAUCCCUCUUUUUCUCUCUGUCAAACGCCGUGCUUUCGGGUGACAGCUGGAAGUUGGCUAUUCCAGCUUGUCUCGGCGUCAUGUCCAACUCUCUUCAAUACGUUGCGCUUUCGAAUAUGAGUGCGGCGACCUUCACCGUCACGUUUCAACUGCAGUUCGUCACUGUGGCCGUUCUCGGCUUGGUGGCACUUCGCAGAAGCAUCUCUCCCCGUAACUGGGGUCUGUUAUUACUGCUAUUAGUCGGUGUUGCAUUGGUUCAUUUUCCCAACGCCAGUGUCGAGCAGCAGUCGACCGGCAAUGACAACGCCCAUCUGCAUUUCCCUCGAUCUUUAGAAGAAUGGAAGGCAGCCAGGGGGGUAGACAAUGUCGCCAAGGUUCACAAGCGCUCUGCGACCUACGAAGGUAUCGAGGAAGACAUUUUGACGGCCAACCCUCGAAUGAGCCAUGCAGUAGGCAUGCUUGCGGUCAUUGGCGCUGCACUCACGUCUGGUGUCGCAGACGUCUAUUUUGAGAAAGUCCUCAAGGACAGUCCUUCUCACAUCUCGCUCUGGGUGCGAAAUGUCCAAUUGUCUCUCUAUUCCGUUUUCCCCGCGCUCUUCGUCGGCAUCCUCUUCCAAGAUGGCGAGCGAAUCGCCAAUGAUGGCUUCUUCCAAGGUUACAAUCUGAUAGUCUGGGCCACCAUCUUGAUCCAGGCGUUGGGAGGUAUCCUUUCUACAUUUGCUAUUGGCCAGGUUUAUCGUGAUCCCCACAGCUUGACCACUACCACAAGCAUCGUUCUCAGUAUAGUUGGGAGCAUCUGGCUCUUCGAAUUCGAGCUGACGGCUAGCUUUUUCGUAGGUGCUGCCGCCGUUCUGGUUGCGACGCACUACUAUGGCAACCCGAUUUUCAACCAUUCAUCGACCAAGGUCGGUGGAAUGCGUCCACCGCCAAUCCGAGUUGACAGUUAUGAGAAGGACGCCGGGAACGGGGAUGAAUCACCCGCCGGGGGACCUCCAGAUGAGAUCUCCAUCAAGCUCCCCACCAGUCCGUUCUUGUCCGACGGAGUCUCGUCGUCGCGCCCUACAUCGCCCGGCCCGGGUCACGUGCGAGUCAGUGCCAGUCGAAAUACCAGUGGAGCUGGUUAUUUCGAUAAGAAGUGA